AUGGCGGACGAACCAUGGGAGAAGGUGCUGUGGAAGAAGCAGCCAUACCCGGAUAACUACAUUCCGGAGGGCCUAUUCCUGUCGUCUCUGCGAAGAAAUCCGAACUUCCGGCCGUAUACCUACUGGCAGCUCGUCUUCCUGUCGUUCGCGAUAACCCAGCACCUAGCAAGCAUCGCCAUCUUUGUCUCCGCGUUCACGAUGCUCAAGGAUCAUGUCCUCGACCCGCGUGUGCUGCUUUGGCUGUCCAUAGCUGGCUUUUUCUUGGGACAUUUCGUUUGGGAGGUGUUGGUGCGCGCAAUAUCCGACCGCGAAAGGCGGCGGGAGGACCGCAUGCGUGCGGUCAAGGCCUCCAUUCUGCUCUUCCUCGCGCUCAUGUGCCUCGCGCCAGUGCUCCGCACGCUCACCGCUGCUACGUCUUCCGACUCCCUCUGGGCCAUGGCGGCUGCGCUCUUCAUUCUGAACGCGCUCCUCGCGGACUACACCCCCAUGCCCGGCCACGCUCGCGAACGCCUGACGUCGGUUCUGUCAACUAAUGCCGCCAUCUCGUCCUCCGUUGUCCUCGCCUCACGCCUGGCGCACGAUCUGGCCGUGUUCGCGCUCACGCUCUUCGCGGUGGAGGUCUUCGCCCUGUUUCCGAUGCUGCGCCGCCGGCUUCAGGUGGGGUUCGCUGCUCACGCUGGCCUCACGGUGGCGCUUGUGCUUCUCGCGCUUUCCCUCAGUGCCCGUGUCUCCGCAACAGCACCGUGGCUCUAUGCCGCGAUCUUCACUUUUGUCACAUUUGCGGCACCAGCUAUGCUUGUCUGGGCUCAGCAGUACAAGAACGAAAUCCGCGGACAAUGGGACGUCGCGGUGCCCAAAGUCAAGUAG